AGAUGGAGAGCGACUCGGAGAUGGUUGCGUUGCCAUUGUUACCGACUCCGAUAGAAUCAAACUACAGGGCUUGCACCAUUCCUUAUCGCUUCCCUUCCGAUAACCCCAAGAAGGCCACUCCCACCGAGAUCUCCUGGAUCGACCUCUUCCUCAAUUCCAUCCCUUCUUUCAAGGAUCGUGCAGAGAGCGAUACAACCGUUCCAGAUGCUCCUGUUCGAGCUGAAAAAUUCGCCCAAAGGUAUGCGGAGAUCCUUGAGGACUUGAAGAAAGAUCCGGAGAGCCAUGGUGGGCCACCAGAUUGCAUUCUUCUCUGCAGAAUCCGUGAGCUCAUACUCAGAGAACUGGGAUUUAGGGACAUAUUCAAGAAAGUUAAGGAUGAGGAGAAUGCAAAGGCUAUAUCACUGUUUCCUGAAGUUGUCCGUCUGAGUGAUGCUAUUGAAGAUGAAGGAAAGCGCAUAGAGAAUCUCGUUAGAGGGAUUUUCGCUGGAAACAUCUUUGAUCUGGGUUCUGCUCAGCUUGCCGAGGUUUUCUCAAAGGAUGGGAUGUCAUUCUUGGCUAGCUGUCAAAACUUGGUUUUACGGCCAUGGGUCAUUGAUGACUUGGACAGCUUUCAAGCUAGAUGGAUCAAGAAUCCAUGGAAGAAGGCAGUGAUAUUUGUCGACAACUCUGGUGCAGACAUUAUUUUGGGUAUCUUGCCGUUUGCUAGAGAAAUGCUACAGAUCUUGUCAAAGGUGCUGAAUGGAGUAAUUCUGCUCAAGGAUGAAAACGGACAAUUGAUGGGCGUUGAUACCACAAAUCUUCUGAUUGCAAAUUCAGGGAACGACUUGCCGGUUAUUGAUCUUGCAAGAGUAUCACAGGAGGUUGCUUACCUUUCUACGGAUGCAGACUUGGUCAUAUUGGAAGGCAUGGGACGUGGAAUAGAGACAAACCUUUAUGCUCAGUUCAAGUGCGAUUCCCUCAAGAUUGGAAUGGUUAAGCAUCUAGAAGUAGCACAGUUUCUGGGAGGACGGCUUUAUGACUGUGUCAUCAAAUACAAUGAAGUUCAGAGU